AUGUCGGUUGGGAAGAUUAAGGCUUUCGAAGUAGCUUCUGGCAGUUGGACUCAGUACAUCGAGCGUCUGGAGAUGUAUUUUAAAGCAAACGACAUUAAAGCGGAGGUGCAACUACCAACGUUAAUAGCAGUCAUGGGCGCGGACGCGUACGAGUUAUUGAGAAAUUUAACUAGCCCUAAGAAGCCCGGGGACAUGAAAUACGCAGAUGUCGUUAAGAUCAUGCAAGAUCAUGUGGAACCCAAGCCUUCGUUUAUGGCCGAGAGGUAUCGUUUCCGGCUGCGGCGUCAGGGCGAAGAGGAAACCGUGGCUCAAUACCUCACGGAGCUCAAGAAAUUGUCCAAACAUUGCGAGUUUGAUACGUCAUUAGAGGACAAUCUCCGUGAUCAGUUUACGUGUGGAUUAAAAAACGACACUAUCAAACAACGCCUUUUUGCCGAGAAAAGUUUAACCUAUUCAAAAGCGGUAAGCCUUGCGCUCUCGUUGGAAGCGGCGGAGAGGGACGCAGCGACUGUAGAACGCCCAAGUGCGAGCGAGAGCAACGUUGCCAGAUCGGACAUGGCGGCCCUAAAUUCAAUCACACCGGGACCACGUGGCGGAAAUAGAGGCAAUAACCGACAGAAUAACAGUACCAGCACCAGCAAUAUGCCGAACAAUGGCUCCAGAUGUGCAGUUUGUGGACGGGAAGGCCACCGUGAAGCUGGUUGCCGCUAUAAAAAUUUCACGUGCAGCAAGUGUGGGUGCGUGGGGCAUCUAAGGCGGGUGUGCCCGUCUUGGGACGCAGCUAGCGGCCAGGGUGCUACCAGGGGGCGCAGCUCGGGCGGCGCCAGGCGCGGCGCGGGCGCGGGCGGUCGCGGCUCUCGGCGCGCCUUUCACCACGUCCAGGCGGCACAAAAUGAGACUCCAGGGGCCGACGAGGACAAUUCGUCGGAAACUGAUUUUGAAGAAAAUUUGCAUCAUCUCUGCUUGAACGACUACAGUGCGGUAUAAGGAGCUAUUCAGCGGCGGGUUGGGGCGGUUUACGGGCGGCAAGGCGACUCUUCGCGUGAAGGAGGGCGCGGCACCGGUGUACUGUCGCGCGCGGCCGCUGCCGUACGCGCUGCGCGACCGGGUGGACCACGAGCUGGACGAGAUGCUGCGCAGCGGAGUCAUCGAGCCCGUCGACACUUCCGAGUGGGCCACGCCCCUAGUGCCGGUACGUAAAGCUGAUGGUGGAUUAAGGAUUUGCGCCGAUUACAAAAUAACUCUGAACCCGAAUUUGCU